AAUACCUCGUGGCAGGAUCAGUGCUAACGAUUCAUGUUUUUGUCUUUCUCUUCUCCAUCCCUGCAGCCUCUCAGUCCCAGACCUGACACCCAAUAUUGGUCUUUUUUGGUAUUUCUUUGCUGAGAUGUUUGAACAUUUCAGACCCUUUUUCAUCUGCGUAUUUCAGAUUAACGUUGUCUUCUACACCAUCCCUCUGUCUGUCAAGCUGAAAGAGCAUCCCAUCUUUCUAAUGUUCAUGCAGAUAGCAGUCAUUUCCAUCUUUAAGUCUUAUCCGACAGUAGGUGACAUAUCCCUCUACAUGGCUUUCCUCCCUUUGUGGCACCACCUCUACAGAUUCUUGCGUAACAUCUUCCUAGUGUCCAUCGUGCUGAUUGCCUGUUCAGUGUUAUUUCCAGUCCUCUGGCAUCUGUGGAUCUACGCUGGAAGCGCCAACUCCAAUUUUUAUUACGCUAUAACACUGGCCUUCAAUGUUGGGCAGAUUUUGCUAGUCUCUGAUUAUUUUUAUGCUUACCUGCGACGUGAACAUCAUCUCAUUCAUGGACUAUACCUCAAGAAAAAGGAUGGCACAGAAGAGACACUGAUUUUAAAAUAAGGACUUUUUUUUAACUGUCAAUUGUACUCACUAACUUGAAAAUUAAACAUUUUUAUCAGUGAUUAUUUUGCAUGACUCUUGAAGUAUUACUUCAGCAAUUUUUUUUUUUUUUUGCCACUGAAGCAAAGACCCUCUGGUGAUUUCUUGAGGAGACCACCUUCAACUGUGCAUCCAUCUCCGAUUCUGCUUCCAUGACCUUCUGGGGGGGAAAAAAAGUUGCAUUUUGCUUGGCCAGGACCCUUCCAAGGAUAAGGCAUUGGAGAAAGACUAAUCAAUAAACAAGGCUGGAGGUGAUGCAUCAUUUGUACCAGCAGGUGGCACAACAAAACAACUUACAACAACUGGCAAUUAAAAUACCAAAGUCUCAUGAAGCGUAUUUCUGUAAACCUUGUAUAGCUUGUAGAAUUAACAGUGCUUACAUUUUACAGAGCCAUUAUGUAAGAGAUGAAUCAUCAAAUUCUAUAUGGUCCGUUCUGUAAUCAAUAUUGAGAGCAAAAAAAUAUUGAAAGUACGGAGUAAUAAUAAUCAAUAGAAUUCCAGUAGGGAUCUCUCUCUGCGACUUUUUUCAUGCUGUGAAAUGUCUGAUCUGAAUGAUUAGUGUCCAUUUUCCCUUAAUGGGUCAGCUAUACAUACAGUAUAUGGUAAGCAUUAAAUUAGUAUUUAAAUGGGUAUGCACACCUAAUAUUUGCACAAAAGCAAGGGUCACAACCUGCAGAACACCAGGAAUUGCACAGAUGUGGCUAGCAAGAGAAAACCUUGCGUGUCAUUCCUGACACACAUCAGCCCAUCAUUCACACACUGGUGGUCAUUAUGUGGCCCUCUGUAGACAAGAGACACAUGGCUGCGAUCUGAAUUCGACAGGCCUCUGUAUUCAUUCUAGUCUUAUAAGAAAAUGGUUACCAAUUAUUACUGUGCACUAACUGCCAGUCGUCUUAGCUUUGUCUGUCCAAGGACAUUGCAGUAUCACAGCCUAAAUUCUACAAGAAUGUUAUUUAUAUAUAUAUAUAUUCAAACUUGCCUUUUCUUUCAGAGUUUGUAAAUUAACACUAUGGAACUUUUACAAAUAAAUUUUGAGAACCCUU